CCGGCCGGCCACUUCCUGGUAGUGCUGGUGGUGUCGGCGCCGGCCAACGAGGGCGCCCGCGACACGCUGCGCGACACGUGGUUCCGCUCCUGCCCGCAGGACGGCGACGUGCGGUGCUACUUCGUGUUGGGGACCGCCGGUCUCCCGAAGGACACGGUGCGCGAGCUGGAGGACGAGCGUGACCGCCACCACGAUCUGCUGCUGCUGCCCGAAGUCGCAGACACGUUCGCCAAUCUCACGCUCAAGGUGCUGACGGCUCUCGUUUGGGCGGACGAGAAGGCGGGGGCACAGUACGUGCUCAAGUGUGACGACGACACGUUCGUCCGGCUGCCGAAGAUCGUCAACGAGCUGAAGGAGGGCGAGACGGCACCGUCGUCCGCGUCGCUCUACUGGGGGUUCUUUGACGGACGUGCUGCUGUGCAGAAGAAGGGCAAGUGGCAGGAAAACGACUGGAUUUUGUGCGACCAUUACCUCCCGUAUGCCCUCGGAGGUGGUUACGUCCUGGGUUCCAGACUGCUGCAUUACAUUACUCGUAACCGUCAUGACCUCCAGCUGUUCUACAAUGAGGACGUGUCGGUGGGGACGUGGCUGGCCCCCCUGAAGGAGGUGCGGCGCGUGCACGACCCGCGGUUCGACACGGAGUACAAGUCGCGGGGCUGCCACAACAGCUACCUGGUGACGCACAAGAAGAGCGCCGCGGAGAUGGCGGCCAUGUGGGAGCAGUUGCGCUGGGGCUCGGACCGGCUGUGCCCCGGGGGGCAGGAGACGCGCCUGCGGCUGUCCUACCGCUACGACUGGCUGGCGCCGCCCUCUCUCUGCUGCCGCCGGCACGACCCCUCCAUCCCGUGAGGCCCGGCGUCGGCACUGCACCACUGUUCCCCUCUUCUCCUCCGUCGUCUUCGUAUUCCCCCUUAUCGUUCGACAGUUUGUGCGCAUAAUUUCCUAUUCUGAUUACUACUGAAAACUUGAUACUGUCGUGUGAUCUCGCUGUUCAGAUAUCUGGGUUCACACCCGAAUUACUGUAGUCACAUUCCACAGUGUUUCCAACAGCUUCCCUAAUUGUCUUUGUCACGUGUGGUAUGCAGAUUUCAUCACUCACCGUUCAGAAUGGGACUCUGCACACCAUCCUAACAAAUGUUUCCAGGCACCCUGAAGAAUAAAAAAGUCUUGUAAAAUUCUAAAGCUGAACAAAAGGCUGUGUCAAACUGUUCAAAGGAAAACUUCUUAUGAGAACAUCGACAUCUACAUAUAUACCGGGUGAUCAAAAAAUCAGUAUAAAUUU